AUGUCCCUACUGCGGCUCGCCUUCAUACGGCAACCCCCACAAACGAUCCGAAUCCUCCCCACGAUACGCCAAUGCGCUCUCCGUCCUACCCUCCGGAAAUCUCUUCUUCAGAACCAGCAAUGUAGCCUGAGAAGGCCCUUUGCCUCCGCACCACCGCCGCCGACCACGGCCCCCCGGGCCGUCACCACACCACCGAAGCCGAACUCAGCCGGCGCCGGAGGCUCUGCCGGUCCCCGGGCCGGGAACCCACAACUGCCUGAGCGACUGCUCAUCUACCACGCCGGCACCGGUCGGACGGCCUUUCUGGCCUUUUGGAAAAUCACCACCGUCUUCUCAUGCGUCUUCUUCUGCUUCGUAGCUGCUCCCAGCUACGUCCGCGCCGAAGAUAAGACUCUUACUGAGGCAGCGGGAUUGGCCGCCUGCGGCAUCAUCCCCUUCCUCUUCGUAGCCUACACCUCGGCCCCCUUCGUAACCUACAUCUACCUCCGCCUGCCCCCCUACGCGCGCCAAUCCCGCGCCCUCCUAGAACGCUACGUCCGCACCCUCCCGCCCACAGCUCAACUCGAGAUCGGCACAAUGGGCCUCGCCACCCGUCCCCGUCUCACGGCCGUCACGGCCGCCGAGCUCCGUCCCGUGGCCGCGGACAGCGGGCCCUUGGCCACGCGCCUCGGCAUCGUCACGCACACCAAGGACGUCUCGGCGCUGAUGGCGAAGCGGAGGUGGUAUCACUACCGCCCCGUCGGCCAGUUUGGCAUCAACAGCGUUGAGGCGGGCGGGAAGACGAGCAGUAGCGGUAGCAGUGGCGGCGGCAAGGGCGCUAGUCAUGGCGUUAACGAUGGGUGGGUGUGGAAUAUCGUGCGCGAGUCGCUGGGUAAGCGCAAGUGA